AUGACGUCCACAUCGUUGAAUAUUGGUUCUGCUGUUGCGCACGAUGUGCAGGGAAUGGAGAAACUGAAAGAUGUGUAUUGCGAUCUCGCCCAAAUUCCUAUCCCUACGCAAGGACGCAUUUUGAAGAGGGACUCUGGAGUUGUGGAAGUUGCGUCUGUAUGGUCGAAUCGGGCUCUUGCAAUGAAGAAGGUUUCGCGUUCUCAACGAAUUUCGGUCCUCAAUGAGACGGAGAUUGGUUUCGACAUCGUCACUUCAACAGCUGUUCCUCUGGCUUCUAUUGAGGCACAAACCGCUGCCUAUUCGCCUUCAAAUCAAAAAGUUGCUCAACUUUUCACGGUGCAAGAGAAUUCUGAUAAGAAGUAUUACUUAAACGUCUUCGAUCAACGCGAACACGUAGAAUUGCUUUCUGCAGAUUUGAGUGCACAAAAGAAACAUGGAACAGUUUAUGGAUUGGGAUCAGAACCCUUUGGCACUCUAAGCUUUUCGGUUGGAGAAGGACAUGUACUCUAUGCGGCCGAGCAAGUUUUCAAAGCGAGCCAGUUCUUUGAUGGCGAUAUUGAAUGGGACAACGAGGAGAAAGUGAUCGAAGCAAAAUUGGGCAGCAAGUACGAACUCAUAGAAUCGUGGGGAGAAGGAUGUUUCGAUGUGAUACGACCUCAGCUCUGCAUUUGCGAUAUCACUACGGGAUUGGUGACCGUACUUGAUCAAGUGCCCAAAAAUAUCUCCCCAUCAUUUGCAAUUUGGACACCGAAUGACACAGGAAUUCUUUUCUUUGGCAUUGAAGACAAGCCAUUCCGCCUGGGGAGAAUUUUCUGCAAUAAUCGACGUGGCUCGUUGUAUUACUAUGAUCUGGAGUCGGCAAAUUUGAAAGUAAUCGGACAACCAGGUGUCGCUAUUGAACACCCGACUUUCUCUCCGGAUGGAACAACUCUUGUCUUUUGGCAAAGAGAGGCCGAUGGACCGCAUCAAGCAGCGAUGAAAAUGGUCAAGGUUCCCUGGCCCUAUGAUGGAAGCGAUCCGGAGGAGAUUGUUGGCAUUGUUAAUGAGGCGAGCAUUCAAGACAACGAAUUUCCCGGACUCUUCUUGAUUCAGAAAACACAAAACCCCUGGUGUGAAGAUGGUCGUCGAAUCGUUUUUGGUAGUGCAUGGCAUAGCAAGACAGAGAUUCUCAUCGUUGAUGUUGUGGAGAAGAAGCUGACAAGGCUGACAAAUCUUGGAGAGCAAAUUCACGGGUCUUGGUCACUACUCGAUACGAGAUCAGACUUGGUGCUCGCUGUUGCUUCAGCUCCGAAUAGACCAUAUACGACACUUCUCGGCAAGAUUCCGCCAAGCGGCUCGGAAAAUCAGAUGACUUGGACUCGCGUCGACGGAAUUUCGCCAAGUAACGAUUUGCGACGAUCGGUGGCCGAUGUUUCAUGGAAACUAAUCGAGUUUCAGCGAGAAGGUCACACUCCGUAUCAAGGCAUUUUGGUGACGCCAAAUGAGGGAACAACUCUUCCAUUGGUCGUCUUUCCGCAUGGUGGACCACAUGGAUGCAGUAUGGCUAUGUGGCCUCGACGGGACGUAGGAUUGCUUUUGAACUCUGGCUUUGCUGUGCUACAGGUCAACUAUCAUGGCUCGAUUGGAUUUGGUGACAAAUUUGUGCGAUCGCUUCCGGGUCAGUGUGGCGAUUUGGAAAUCAAGGAUGUACAGCAUGCUGCUGAGACAGUGCUCAAGACAGAGAAGCGGUUGGAUUCGAGUCGUGUUGUAGCUUUUGGAGGUAGCCAUGGAGGAUUCACAGUUUCGCACUUGAUUGGACAAUAUCCGAAGUUCUACAAGGCUUGCUGUGCGUUGAAUCCCGUGCUGAACAUUGCUUCCAUGUACGACACAACGGAUAUCACAGAUUGGACAUGGUAUGAGGGAACAGGAAACGAGCCAAGAUGGCAAAGUUUGCCAACUGCCGAAGAACGCGAUCAAAUGCACAGAUGCUCACCGAUUCAGCACGUAGAAAAGGUGACGACACCAUAUCUGUUGCUGAUUGGCGAGAAAGAUCUGCGAGUAGUGCCACACUAUCGCGGAUAUGUUCGAAAUUUGCAGGCACGUGGUGUUCCUUGCAAGGUUCUCACUUACCCACCAUCGAAACAUCAACUGGAGGAAGUCGAAGUGGAGGCCGAUUUCGCGAUCAACAUGGUGCGCUGGUUCGAAAAGUAUCUU